AUGUCUUCUCCUGUUCGUGAUGGUUCCAAUACUUCAAGAGUGCCAUCCGACAUACAUAUUGUUGUUGAUAAUUCAAAUCUUUUCAUUGGUGCUCAAUUGGGUCAAGGUAUAGAUGGACAACAAGAUGCUGCUAUUCGUAUUAACGUUGCAAAUCUAGCCAAUAUUAUUGAGAAAGACAAAAAAAAGCUGAAUAUUAAGACAAGAAUCGUUGGUGGUAGUAUUCCGCCUCGUAAAGCACGAGCUUGGACUGAGUGGGAAAAAUGCAACUAUGCAUGUUUACUAGGUGAUCGAUCAAUGAAUAAUAAAGAAGUGUUCUUAGACGAUAUGUUGCAUGCACAAAUACAAAAAUUAAUUUUAAAAAAUAAUCCGAAAAAAAAGCACGCAGAACAAAAUUUGAUAUUAAUUAGCGGUGAUGGAAAUGGAAAUGAUAAUCGUACAAGUUUUCCUGAGGUUGUAUUGUCAGCAUUAGAACAUGGAUGGAUGGUGGAAGUAUGGUCAUGGCAAGCAUCUUUGAGUGCUAAAUUUAAAGAUCUUCAAGAAAAAUAUCCUUCUAAAAUGGAAAUUAAAUAUUUCGAUACUUAUAGAUCAAAAGUUACUUUUAAAGAAAAACAAAAACAACAGCCGCAGCAGCAACCGCAGCAGCAGCAACAGCAGCAGCAGCAACCGCAGCAGCAGCAACAGCAGCAGCAGCAAC